AUGCUGCGUCUCAACAUUCUUCAGAUCUUCCUUUCGCUGAUCGGCCUCUUCACACUUAUCUCGGCGGAGCAGUCCCCCACUCCCACCACCGACGACCUCACCCACCGCGAGGCCAUCCAGAAGCUGCUCGCCAACAUCAACGAGGACUCCAUCCACAAUGCCCUGCAUACCCUGUCCGAGAAAUUCCGCGACGGCAUCUUCCCCAAUGACCAGGCUGCGGCUGAGGCGAUCCGCGAAGAUGACGAGAGCCUCUCGGAACGCCUGAUGAAUCUCGUCAAGAGAGAUGUCAAAAACAACACUGCUCACUCGGACAAUGUUUCGACCACUCCUCCGUCCCAAGCUACUACCACGGACUCCACCACCACCACUACGACGGAGACCUCGUCCAAGCCCACCACCACCACAACCACCACCACCACCACUACUACAACUACUACCACCACCACCUCGUCAACCGCCGACACUACAUCCACUACCACCACCACGGAGUCGACGACAGCCCCCUCGUCCCACACGACUUCCUCCGGCACCCCGACGACGUUUUCCACAACAUCCAGCUCGCCCGUCACAUCCAGUUCUUCGGUCUCCUCGAGCACCACCACCAAUGCAUCCACCUCCACCUUCCAGAGCACAACCACCUUGCCCGACGGUACUGUCCACACCGUCACCGCCAUCACCGUGGUGCAUCCGAGUGCAACGGACUCCACUUCCACGGACACCAAGCCAGCCCCCGGUCUGCAGACCGGCGCUGCUGCCCUGACGACCGGCUUGACUCGCGAGGUCAUUGCCAUGGUCGGCGGCGCUGUCGUGGUCGCCAUGGCUCUGUGA